UGCAGCUUCAGCCCCACAGCAUCGGCUCUUCAGAAUCGGCCAAUCAGCAUCGGCCCUUCGAAAUCAGCCAAUCAUCAUAGGCUCUUCAGAAUCGGCCAAUCAGCAUCAGACCUUCAGAAUCGGCCAAUCAUCAUCGGCUCUUCAGAAUCAGUCAAUCAGCAUCGAACAUUUAAAACCAGCCAAUCAGCAUCGGCCCUUCAGACAUGGAGCAAGACCUGACCUGCGGCGUGUGUUCGGAGUUGUACUCGGAGGGUGCGCGUGAGCCCGUGUUGCUGCCCAACUGCGGCCACUGCUUCUGCCGCCCCUGCCUCCUCAGCCUCGAGAAGAACGGCUGCCUGGAGUGCCUCUGCAGGAGACUUAACGAUAGCGUUCCGGUGCUGCAGCUUCCGGUGGUGUUCGCUCUCCUUGGCCUCAGCAGGCACUUCCGGCGUUCGAAGCACGGCCCCUGCGGCGUCCAUGGCUCCGCCCUGGAGUUCUGGUGCCGGAGGUGCCGGUCCGGCCUGUGCGGCCACUGCCUGUUCGAGGGCCACGACCUGCGUUAUGUCGUCCAGAUGGAGGUGAUCAUCGAGGAGAAGAAGUCCCUGGUGCAGAGGAAAGGCCUGCAGAAACUCGGCCGCAUUAAUGCCAAGAAGGCAGAGGCGAUGGGGAGGGUGACGGAGGGCCUCUUCCGCCUGGCCGCCGUGUGCCGGGAGGCCGAGGCUCUCAGCGCCGCGGAGCGAGUCACCAAACAGGCGAUGGACGACGCCCAGAACGCCCUCGACGUGGACUCAGUCCUGCAAUGCCUUCAGUGCCUGGAGCAACGGCGCGAGGGCAGGGAUGACUCACCUUCUGCCGCUGGGAGUCUGUGCAAAGUCUCCGUCCUACAAGGAAAAGAGGAACAGGAGAAAUUGGAAAGAGUCGGGCAUGGCAACAUAACGGCUCGAAGAGGGAUUCGAAAGCUCUACAGGAACAGAUCAAUUUCUCUGGAUGACCGGCAAGGCCUAAAUAACUUAACAUGCGAUAAGCACAGAGUGCUGAGCGGCGGCCAGCACCAGCGGACGGAGACGGAUAAAUGCAACAGAAGCCUGAACAGAACAAGCAGCACUCCGGCGAACGAAGAGGUGAUUCCACCAGACCCUGAUUCUGCUCCAGAAGAAGGAGGAGGGACCACGAGUUCAUCGCCGCUCGUGGCUGUAUCAGAAACUGCGGCAAACACGGCGACGCCGUCUCUGAGAUGCUUCGCCCUCAGUGAUGAUGGACGUCAGGCGAGACUGAGGUGGGAAGGUGGAAGGCUGCACUGUACGCUCUUUCCGCUGCGAGAGCUCAACUCACGCUGCAGGUAA